UGCUCGGCUCUUCAUGAUGGCGGACUCUGCCCCAUUACCCGCUCUUCAGAGGAAUGCGGCCGGUGACCGGAGGAGGAUGCGGAGGAUCAUCACGGAGGACUACAGCUGGUCCCUGGCCACCGUCCCCCCGCUCAGCGGCCUCUGCCUGCGGCACAUCGUCCGCAACUUCCAGGACCACCCGAUCCUGGAGAAGCUGCUUCCCCAGCACAGGGCCAAGGUCCUGGACAGCCUGUCCACCGCGCUGCCCCUGCCCGUGACCGCCAACCUGAUCAGCCAUGAGGAUUACUGGAGGCGCUGCUGCGCCGAGCGCUGGCCGACCUGCGACAUCUCCCACUACGGCCUGAGCUGGAAGAGACUGUUCUUUGAGAGACACCUGCAGAACCUGGUGGAACUCUUCAUCCCGGACCUGACGGACACCGGACCCAUCUGUGACGCGGCAGAACUCAGCAAGAACUACAUCCGGCGCCUGGAGAUCCAGCAGCUGCUGCCGCCGGUGAGGGUGGAGGUCAGGGGGGAGGACGAGGCUGAUGACCUCUCUGACUCGGGCAGCGAUGCCGCUGGGGACCUGCCGUCCAUGGACCACUUCGACCUGAGCCUUAUUGCCGAUUCCCUGCGUGACCUGGAGGAGCUGCGCCUGGUCUACGGGGUCAGAGGUUGCGGCAUGAACUUUGAGUGGAACCUUUUCAGGUUCACCGAUCGGGAUUGUGCGUCGCUCGCCAACACCCUCCGGACAUUCGAGAAGCUGAAGGUCUUCAGGCUCCACCGGAGUAAGGUUGAUGACGACAAGGUCCGUGUUCUGAUAAGAAGUCUUCUCGACCACCCGUCCCUGGUUCACCUCGACCUCUCCCACAACCAGAUCUCCGACCAAGGUGCCCGUGCCGUUGGGAAGCUGCUCAACCGAAGCCAACUCCAGAUCCUGGACCUGUGCAACAACAACAUCCGGGCACAGGGGGCACAAGCCAUCGCUCAUGCCCUCGCCACAAACGGCACCCUCCAGAUCCUGAAUCUACGCCUUAACCACAUAGGGGACGAGGGUGGUCGGGCUGUGUGCAACGCUCUGCUACAGAACACCAGCCUGCAGCGGCUUCACAUAGGGAGCAAUGAGCUGUCUGAACCCACAGCCACCGCCCUCGCACAGGUCCUCUCUCAGAACGCAACCCUAAGGAGCACCAACAUCUCCAGCAACCGCAUCGGCCAGGAUGGCGGGAAGCAGCUUCUGGAAGGGAUGUCUGAGAACAGGACGAUGUUGGAGUUUGAUCUUCGUCUGACCGAUGUGGGGCAGGAGAACGAGUUCUACAUAAAUCAGAUUCUGCGUGCUAAUCAGGAGCGGGCCUGGGCCCAGCGGAAGCAGCUGUCCACGUCAGGGCUGGAUCGGUAAGCUGGAGAUCCUGGACCCUGGAUCCCGAUCAUCACCCUCCCCAUCCGUGUCUGUACAAUAAAUGCUGUUGUCAUACAUUGUUUACCUGACCGUGUGGUCCGCACCUAGCCGGGACUGGGAGCACUGGGGGAGACACGGGCACAUGGGUGUCAGCCUCCAGCCCAUGUUUACUUCAUGGGUGUCAUGGCCAACCCAUCACAGGACAUAAGAAAACAAGGGAUGUCUAUAUUU